UAUUUAUUUUUAUUCAAAUGAGAAGACAGAUUCUGAAAUUAGAUUUUCGAACUAUAAUUUUGAAAUUAUGUUUGAUUUAAAUUUCUGCAGGUUGGCAGUUAGUAUAAUACUUUUCUGAUUUUGACGUUUGUUUGAGAGCCAGCCUAUUUUUUGACUUAAAAUUAAAAGUGGAAAACUAUUCCAUACAUAUUUAUCUUUCGUAACCGCGAUAUUUCCUGUUUUGAGAAUUGUUAUGAUCCUUCUUCAAUAGUAUUCUAUUAUAAAUUGAUGGAAAUGGCGAAUAUAGCUGCGCAAAGAAUUAAACGAGAAUUCAAAGAGGUUAUCAAAAGUGAAGAGGUUGCAAAAUGUGCUAUUAGAGUUGAGCUUUUGAACGACAGUUUUACUGAACUGAGAGGAGAAAUUGCUGGUCCCCCAGAUACUCCAUAUGAAGGAGGCACAUUUGUUUUAGAGAUUAAAGUCCCUGAAACUUACCCUUUCAAUCCCCCUAAGGUUCGUUUUGUAACUAAAAUAUGGCAUCCCAAUAUAUCUUCUGUAACAGGAGCAAUAUGCUUAGAUAUAUUGAAAGACCAAUGGGCAGCUGCCAUGACUUUACGAACAGUUCUACUAUCCCUUCAAGCACUCUUGAGCGCGGCUGAACCAGAUGACCCACAAGAUGCUGUUGUAGCUAAACAAUAUAAAGAAAAUAAUGAAAUGUUUCAAAUGACUGCCCGGCACUGGACAAAUGUAUAUGCUGGAGGUCCGAAUGCAAACAAGGAUUGUGAUGAAAAAAUUCGUAGAUUAGUAGAUAUGGGCGUUGAAGAGCACCAAGCUCGAGUUGCCUUAUCUUCCUAUGAUUGGGAAUUGGAAAGAGCUACAGAACAAAUUUUUAGUUAGUGAAUUGGAUUUUUAAAUAAAUUUCUCUGAAUUUUUUUUAUAUGAAUCUCUUUCAUGUCAUCCUAUUGAACAAAUUAAUUUUGUUGCUGUAGCAAUUUGUACAUAAAGAUGAAUUCUUGAUUAUAAGGAUUGUUUUGCAUUUA